GUUUGUUUUAAGUCUCCCAGUCUCCCAGUCGUUGUGUCGCAAGUCAUCUAGAAAAAAUGUCCAAUCUCAGAUUCCUCAACAACCUUUAUUCCUUCUUCUCCAAACUCAAAUUCUCACCUCCGCCCCCCCUCAUCGCCUCCCACACCCCACCCUCCGAUUGCUACUUCACCUCCAACCCCAUUUCCUCUACCACCGCCGAAGACUGCCACGACUUCUUCUCCACCUCCUCCGACGCCGACGACUCCAUCUCCGACGACCUUGCCGCCGUCCUCUCCUCCCGCCGCUUCUUCUUCUCCUCCCCCGGUCGCUCCAACUCCAUUUUCGAAUACUCCUCCUGCUCCCGCCCCCAACAACCCCACGACGUCGUCGUUUCGGAAGGUCAUAAAAUCCGGAAAUACUCGAUGGACCCUUACGCCGACUUCCGGCGGUCGAUGCAGGAGAUGGUGGAAGCUCGGGAAUUGGAGGAUGUGAGAAGCGACUCGGAGUUUUUGCGAGAGCUUUUGUCUUGCUAUCUCCGGUUGAAUCCGAAGAAUACCCAUAAAUUUAUUGUUAAAGCUUUUUCUGAUCUUGUACUCAGUUUGUUAGCUUCCUCCUCGACGACUCCGGCACCGGCUUCCAUAGGUCGCCGGAAAGUUGUUACGUUUGGAUAAUUUAAUGUCCCUUAACUAAAUUUAAAAAGUGAAAAGAUAAUUUUGAACUUUUUGUUAUUUGAAAAGGUUAUUGGGUGAAGAAGACGCAAAUGAGUUAUGAAAUAUGUUUGUAGAACUGCAACAGAUGUAGCAUUGUCAAUAAAUAGAUGUAAUGGAGUUAGUUUUGCAUU